GCAAUCGUUUUUUUGUGUUUCCUUAAGCAGGAUAACAAUAUGCUCAAGCCGACAGUCAGGCGCUCUGCCUGCGACCAGUGCAGAGCCAAGCGAGUGCGGUGCCUUCGCGCCGAAAACUGCACGGCACGUUGCGCCCGCUGCUCCCACAUCGGCGCGCGAUGCGUGACAGGCGCCCCCGGCCGUCCCGGAAGACCACCCAAGUCGCGUCUCGUCGAUGGUGGCAGCACUCUGAGGGGCCCCGCGGUGAGCCCUGCCGACGUCUCCUCGCCUGGCCCGGGGCGGCAUCGCACGUCGACAUUGCGAGACAUGGACCAUGUCGAGGUUCAUGCCUCUGCGACGGCAGGCCAGCCCGCGCCGGCCGGCGCGCCUGCAAGAGCGUUACAGUGCAGGGCAGACAGGCACACGUCGUGGGACUGGCUGGACGGCAUCGCUGGGUCGGACCUCGCGGGUUCCAGGUCCGCGGUGCAUCCGCCUCCGGCCGGACAUCCGUUGGCGUAUGGAGCACAGCCUGAUCAAUGGGGAGCGCCAGGCGACAGGUCCGCUUUCUUCGGUCCCUCUUCGAUCGAGCAAAGCCUUGCGCCGAGCGAAGAUAUCCUCGGCCUGGUGAAUCAGCUGAGCAGUCCAUCACAGCUUCAGGGGCUACUCAGUGCAGAUGAUGCACUCAAAUCGAUGCUCCACAUGGGCCGGGACUCUAGCACUGCGCUCGAUAUGGAUAUUGAUCCGCUCCUUGAUCCGUGGGAGGGCGUCCUCCCCCCAAGUCCCCUACCACAAUGCUUCAGGCCGGCAAGCUCGCUGAUACGGUUCCGAGAGGAGAUUGAUCAGCGCAUUGCGGCGCUGGAUGCAUACUUCUCGGACCCCCUCAAAGUCGCGCAAAGCUGCAAAGAGGAGGGCGCGGACCGGGUGGCCGAGAAUCCGGUUGCGCUACUCCUUACGUGCUGCAAAGAGUUCAUCGACAUUAUUCAGAGCUUGACACCGGCGGGUCUGAUGCAUAUACAGGGCGAGUAUGCGCUUAGCACCGAGAUUGUGCUCUUAGCUCUAUCGAGCUACCUUGCAUUAAUGAGGCUUCUCGACUCCCUAUUCUAUGCUAUCUAUAAAUUCAUCUGCCAGAUGCCGCCGGACUCGUUCAAGUCCGUCAAGAUCAAGUCGGUACUCCGCAUCGGCGGCAUUUCUUCACUUCAGGACAUGCCGCUAAAGAUAUAUGCCAUAGGCAUCCUCGAUGCCAUCCAGAGUCAGGUGCGAACCAUAGAGCGCUUCAUGGGGAUUCCAACCGAAUGCUGCCUCUCGAGCGAGGCAGCUACGUCACCCGCGGCGGCCGCCCCGGGGAUAUUCGCCCGUGCAGAUCGAGCACGGUUAUUUUGGGCUGCUCUGGCACAGGAGGAUAUCAAGUCACGACGGGGUAGCAAGUCGUACGUAGAUUCGAUACGAGCCAGUAUCCAGGACUCGAUGAGAUUUCUCGAUGACUAG